AUGAAGUUCCCCGUUCUCCUGUCUGCUGUCGCCCUUGCCGGCCAUGCCCACGCCUUCUACGGCAAGAUGACUGCUUCUGAUUAUGAGAGUAGCGUUCCUAAAGGCGGAACUGGUGUUAGUGAGGUCCUUCAGUAUAUCACCUUGACCGACCUCAACACCGGCUCUAUGUAUGAGGGUGUUCUGGAAGGAGGCUUCGACGGCUGCACCAGCGAGGAGUGCAGCAUCUAUUUCGUCGAGACAACCACCGGUGAUUACAACUUCUAUGCUCUCAUGUGGCGUACUAGCGAUGGCUGCCACAACAUCGACUUCGAGGGUGCUUUCAGCGCUGGCCACGGUUACUGCUGUGGCUCGCUUCCUUGCGACUUCUCUGCUUAA